UCUUUCAUCGCAUACGUGUUCUUCUCUUUGCCUUUGAUAAAAAUGGAAGCCGUGAAAGGGUGUUCAUCUUCAUCCUCCGAUACAUCUUCUUCUUCAGAGUCAUCUUUGUCAACAAUGGCUUCCAACAAAUCUGAGAAGAUCAAAGGUCCAUGGAGUGCCGAGGAAGAUAGGAUCUUGACUCGGUUCGUCGAGAAACACGGACCUAGGAACUGGUCUUUGAUAAGCCGUUAUAUAAAGGGUCGAUCAGGGAAAUCUUGUAGGCUUAGAUGGUGUAACCAGCUCAGCCCCAACGUCCACCAUCGUCCGUUUUCACAAUCCGAGGACGACACCAUCUUGGCCGCUCAGGCUAGGUACUGUAACCGCUGGGCCACCAUUGCUAGAUUGCUUCCUGGAAGGACCGAUAAUGCCGUGAAGAAUCAUUGGAACUCGACUUUGAAAAGGAGGCAACAUCGGAAGGAACAGGUCUUGAAGAGUACUUAUCGGCAAAUGGAGGGUGGGAUAGUGGAUGGGGGAGCUUUGUCGACGGCGUUGACUCUAGCGCCGCCUGGGACUGGAACUGUGGUGGCGGAGAUGGGGAGUCGGAGGAGAGAGGAGAGAGUACCGGCGGAGCUUUGGGAUGUAAUGAGAAAUGUGAUAGCAAGAGAAGUUAGAGAGCGUAUAAGCUCAACUUUAACAUUAGGAUUGCAUUAAGCCAAUAUGUUUUUU